GAUUGUAAAAACUCGCGUUAAUUCAUUAGCAAAUUGAUAAUAACGUGAAAAUACUUUUUACGUGUUGUUGGAAACAACGAGAAAUAAAAAUUUUUGAAUAGGAAUGUUUCUGAAAAAAUAUUCAUUAAUUCAAAUGUAUUUUUAAUAUACUAUUCUCAAUAAUCAUAAUGUUAAUUAAACUCAAAUUAUUGAUUAUAUAUCGUGUGGUUCAGUUCUAAAUAAACCCAAUUUUUCUUAAUAUCAGUUUCAUGUCGAAUCGGUAUUAUCGAAUGUGUCACAACGAAUUUCCGACAAUUCAAAUCAGAUCUUUUUCCUAAUUUGCUUAAUAAACAUAUAUAAAUAAAAAAAAAAACAUAUAUCGAAAGAUAGAUUAUUGGUGAUUGGUGUUUAUGCACAAAGUAAAAUGAGGAUACUAAUUUUAAUAAUGAUAUGUGCGUGUGCUACGGCGAAACCAGGCUUCUUAGGUGACGUUAUUAAUAAGAUUACAGGACAUGUCGUAAGAACAUUGGGAAUAGAAAACGAAGAAUCGAUUGUUGGAAGUUCAGAAAACGAACAACCCCUAGUUGUAGAUUCGGAAAAUGAUAAACCAAUAAUUAGUGGUACUGGUGCUCAAGAAGAAAGUCCUUCACUACCCUUCAGAUUCUUCAAAGGUAUUUUUAACGCUUUGGACAAUAUUGUAGUUCCAGAUAUACUUGAUUCUGAGAAUAAAAACUUGAAUUACGGACAAGGGGAUGAUUAUAAUCAACUGAGCGUGAUUCAUAAUUAUCGAAGAAUCCCUCGAAGAAUAUAUAGGUAUUACGCGAAUAUGGGUGUAAAGCCAUUACCAAAUAGCGAAAUGUGUUCGUGUCCGUUUGAGUUGCAAUUCCGACGAGGUUCGAAUAAUUAUGGUACGAGUAAUAAUAGAAAUAAUUCUUUCAUGGGAACACUAGACGAAGUAGACAGUCCGUUUGUGAAACCCUCGGGAUUAGGAAAAGAUUAUCCCUCAGACAAUCCUAACAAUUUCAGCGAGGAGCCUUUUCAAAUACCAAACUAUAGUGAUGUAUUGAAGAGACCUCCUUAUACAGAAGAAUUUAGUGAAUUUCAACCGAGGCCUAUAUUAUCGACGUCACAACAGAUGUCAAAGAAAACCGAUGUCGAAGAAAUUCUACCUUAGAAAAUAAAUUUGAUUUUAUAAUAAAAAAAAUUUAUACGUUAAAUAAUAUUUUCGUCCUUUCGCUUUUCAAUGUUUUUCAAGCGCUUAUUCACGUUAGUUUUGUUGGUGGUUCAUAGUUAUAUUUUAAUGAUAACAAUGGUAAUUGUCAUAAUCACAAGUUCUUAUAUUUUUUGAAAAAAACUAUAUUAUAAUUUACUGGGUAUAAUUGAAUCAUAUAUAAAAUAAUGAAUUGCUGUUUAAUAGUCUCGUAAAAACCGGCUGGACCGACUUGUUUAAUUUUGAUCUUGAAUUAUUUGUGGAAGUCCAGAGAAAGUUAUGGACCAGGGUGAUGUUUCUAAAUUCACUAUUUAUCGUCGUGUCGUCUUAGUACUUCGUCGUUGGUGAUUCUGUCAGUCCGAGGUAUCGUCAGGAUGCAUCUAUAGAACCACAUCUCAAAUGCCUCAAAUAAUCUCAUCAUUUGAGCUUCCAAUGUCCAAGUUUCCACCCCUUACUGACAGUACUGACCACACAUAACAUUCCAUGACCUAACCUAACCUAUUCUGAAGUGGAGGUCUAGAUUUCUGUUUGUAGCAAUCAUAAAGAAAAAAUACAAAAGAUAGGAUGUCUUCAUCCCGCGUAUGCCGAUUUUAAACGUUCAAAAUUCUCGGUACGUCUGGCCUUUGCGUUGACCAUAAAUAAAUCGCAAGGCCUGUCGUUAGAAAUUUUGUGGAAUGAACUUGGAUUUUCCCUGUUUCGCGCAUGGACGAUUAUAUUUGUUUAUUUAGGCACAGCAAAACAAAGAAUAUAGUUUAUCAGAAAGCUUUGAAUAUACACAUACUUUAUUGUAACUGUGUGUGUCAGUCAAUAUCAAAUUCCAGGAUUAUUUUUGUUUGUUUUAAGUUUAUUUUAAACAAAAGUUUAGUCUUUUAUUUAUCGAUUGGGGUGGUACAAAGUCUACCGGGUCAGCUAGUCAAAAUUAAAAAUCAUUUGUAUGAUAACUUGCAUACACAAAUUCAUGGAACUAAUUAUAAAAUUUGUAAACGUUUUCACCCUAUGUCUCUGAUUAUUUUCCCCAUAGGUCUCCCCGUGCAUAUUUUGGGUAAUAAAUUUUGGUAGCUUUUAAUUUUAUAAUUGCCAAGCGAAAUCAUUUACAUACAAAUAUUUGUUAAGGGGAGAUGGAACGAUAACGGACAUGAAACCCACUACGAAGAAAUAUAUAGAUUUGUUUCCUCAUUAUUUUGAUUAUCUUUUUUAUCAGUAAAAUUACUGUAUUAUUAAUUUAUUAUUGAAAGUUUUUUUUGACUAAUAAAUAAUAAGAAGA